AUCCGCCUACGCCGCUGCCUCUAGGGAGCAUGCCAGUCGCGCGACGUUGACGCGUUGCACGAUGAUAGAGAGUUCCCGAAAGAUGGAGAGGGAAAUAUCGCUCGAAAAGCCGAUAAGCGCGCAGCCUCUCGGGUUUCCGGUCGAGUUUCAUGAAUCUCCCACAUCUCAUCUCCUCCUGUGAACAUGGGUAAACUCCAAACGACCCAGGCCUCGUGACAACGCAACCUCGCCUGACUGCUCUUCAAUGUGUUGACCUUGUGGAGCCGGCCGUCUGUUUGUCUCCGCUUUGUUUCGUGAAAGCCGCGUUCUAAAGGACGCUAUCCGUCCCGGAAAGCUGCACGUUGUACCAGCGAAGACAUCUCUGACGCUCGAGCUUCAAAGCGUCGGACCUCGGCGAAAUGGCAUUCACUGUCGUCCAGGCCGUCGGUAUGGUUGUCUUGGCCCUUGUGGGAGAGACGGUAGUGGGUGCCGUUCUCUAUGUGGAGCCCGAGCAGAUUCAUCUGUCCUACGGAGUGGACCCGACCCAAAUGAUCGUCACGUGGACCACUUUCAACGCGACUGACGAAUCAGUGGUAGAGUUUGGACAAGCGGGUCUUGACCAGAGGGCACUGGGCAACAGCACCAAGUUCCAGGACGGCGGGACCGAACGCCGAGUCAUCUUCAUACACCGGGUUACCUUGAACGGCCUCCAACCCGGCUCCCUGUACAGGUACCACUGUGGUUCCAACAUGGGCUGGAGCUCCCUGUUUUUCUUCCGAGCCAUGAGGAGCGGUCAGCACUGGAGCCCGCGACUGGCCGUGUUCGGAGACAUGGGCAACGUGAACGCCCAGUCCCUUCCUUUCCUCCAGGAGGAAGCCCAGAAAGGAACCAUCGAUGCUGUGCUCCACGUGGGUGACUUCGCCUACGAUAUGGACUCUGACAACGCUCGUGUUGGGGACGAAUUCAUGCGUCAGAUCGAGCCCGUGGCCGCGUACGUUCCAUACAUGACCUGCGUCGGCAACCACGAGAACCGCUACAACUUCUCCAACUACGUCAAUCGGUUCAGCAUGGUGGACAAGAGCGGCAAUAUAAACAACCACUUCUUUAGCUUCGACAUGGGGCCCGCUCAUAUCAUCGGCCUAUCCACUGAGUUCUACUUUUUCGUCGAAUACGGGAUCACACAGAUCGCAAACCAGUUCAAGUGGCUCGAGGAAGAUCUCAAAGAGGCGACGAAGCCCGAGAACAGAGCCAAGAGGCCAUGGAUAAUAACCAUGGGUCACCGGCCCAUGUACUGCAGCAACGACGAUCGAGACGACUGCACUUUCAGCGAGAGCAUCAUCCGCAAGGGCAUCCCUCUCGUUCACCUGUUCGGGCUGGAAGACCUCUUCUACAAGUACGGAGUCGAUCUCGAGUUCUGGGCCCACGAGCACUCCUACGAAAGGCUCUGGCCUGUCUACGACCGCAAGGUGUACAACGGAAGCUACGAUAAGCCCUACACAAAUCCAGGAGCGCCGGUUCAUAUCAUAACUGGAUCAGCGGGUUGCCAGGAGCGGCUGGAUCCCUUCAAGACCAAUCCGGCCAAUUGGAGCGCAGUGCGAUACAAAGACUACGGCUACACCGUGAUGACGGUGCACAACAGGACGCAUCUUAACCUCAAGCAAUUCUCAGCAGAGAAGGAAGGGCAGAUCCUCGACGACAUCACCAUUGUAAAAAACUAUCACGGACCAUACUUUUCGAGAGGCUAAUAAAACGUCAAAUAUUUGACCAA